GGUUUCAGUAGAAUCCUCACUUACCUCACCUGCUUCUUCAGGUUUCAAAAUUAAAGAAGACAUCAUGAUCUUUGCAAUCCUAUUGUGCUCUGCUGCUGCAUCAGUGGCCUUAGGCCAGAGGGAUACUCUCUCCACCAACCACCUGCAGCUGCUUCCAGCCAUCGUUCCUCUGAGGCGAGGAGUUCUUGUUGAAGCUCCCCAACCUCCUCAGCCUUACAAUUUUGGAUAUGAAUCCGUGGAUCUGGUGGGUACCAAGCAACAUCGCAACGAAUUCUCUGAUGCUACUGGUGCAGUGAAGGGUAGCUAUGGAUUUACAGAUCCCCAUGGUAUGUACCGAAGAGUGGAAUAUACAGCUGAUGCCGAUGGAUAUAGAGCUACCGUCCACAGCAAUGAGCCAGGAAUGACAUCCAAGAAUGUGGCUGAUGCAGCUUAUUUCAUUGAGGCACCUCCUCCAGCUGUUGUUGCUCAAGGACUUGCUUACUUGAAACCUCAACUUAAAGCCUGAAACCCUGAUGACGAUGAUACAGACCUACCAUCCUCGCUGAUGAGCCAGGUAUGAUGCUGGAGAAUGUGAUUAAUGCAGCCUGUUCGUUGAGCCAUCUGAUGAGCCAGCUGAUGUUACUCAAGGAUUUACUUACUUGAAGUCUCAUUUCAAAGUUUAAAAAUUUGGUUUAAAUUAAUUUUAUGAUUUUUGAGGCUGUUUUCGAAUAAAUUUGUCUUCUCAGUA